AUGGAUUUUUUGAGAAGGAAACAAAGCAACAACAACACAAAACCAAGUUCCAACAUGAACUCCAUCGCCACCUCGCCCUCCCCAUCCCCGUCACCUUCCCCCUCAGCAAUAAGCACGAAAAACACCCUAUCCAAGAUCGCAGAUAUGCCCGUACACUGCGACCCGCAAACAUCGAUUCUCUCCGCCGCCCUUCUCAUGAAGGAGAAAAGAACACACUGUUUGCUUAUCAUAGACGAGAUGUCGGGGAAACUGAUUGGCUUGAGUACAACCAAGGACUUGGCUUUCAGGGCAGUGGCCAAGAACCUCGAUCUGAGUACACCGAUAUCUACUAUCAUGACGAAAAAUCCCUACUAUGUAUCUCAAGCAACAACCCCCAACGAAGCUUUGAAGUUGAUGGUCAACAAGAAGAUUAGGCACCUGCCAAUCGUGAACGAAAACGAGUUGGUCAUCGGUAUUUUGAACAUCACUACGUGUUUUUACAACGCCAUGAUAAGAUUGGAGAGAAUGUCAGAAAAAUCCAAAGAGCUAGAGUGUACUUUCAAUGAUUUGAAUAACGAACUGAACUCGUCAUUGAAAAACACGCCAUCGAACGUAUUGAGCAACAACAACAGCAACGCUGUGGCAUCGUCUAGGCCAAACAUCCCUUCCAUAACAAUAAAAGACCAAUCCCACAACUUAAUCAGAGGCCACCAUUAUUCGAAUCAUCUGGAUAUUCUAGCCCUGAACGAAGGCCUCUUAGACUUGAACAUUUCUAGAAGAAAGAAAAAAAUCAUCAACGAUUUGAGAUCAUUAAUCUCGAUAAUGAAACAACCGGAUUUAGAAUCACUACUAGAUGAUAACGAGUUGAAUGCCAGAAAACCGUUUUAUAUUGAUGCGAAAACAUCCAUAUGGGAUGCAUCUCAACUGCUACUAGAAAACAACUUAACCGCUGCUCUUAUUGUGCAGAAUAACAAUAAUGUUGAUUUUGUCGAAAACAUUAUUGGAAUCCUAACCACUAAAGAUCUUGUGUAUCGUGUCCUUGCUUGUGAAAUUGAUUCAAAAGUCUCAAAAGUGGCCAGAGUCAUGACAUCAAAACCCGAGUUUGCAAAUGAUUCCAUGGCAAUUCAUAACGCUUUAAGAUUGAUGUAUGAAGGGAAGUAUUUGAAUCUACCGAUCAAAAACUCGCAAAACGAAGUGACUGGCUUGGUGAAUGUUUUGGAUCUCACGUACGCUUUGCUCAAAACCUUGAGCAACUCUUCCCUGAAUGAUGAUGUCGAAAACUAUGAUAUUAGUAUGGGUAGUCUAGCAAAUUCAAAUGACCAUUCUAGUAAAUCCACAGAAAAUAAUGUACCCGCAUGGAAUAAAUUCUGGGACUCUUUGGAUAGACCUCUCAAUCAGGUAUCUACAACUACAAAACGCUCAUACUCUUCUAUCGACAAAAAGGUCCUUAGCCAGAGGUCUGCCUCCUUUGUGAGUAUUGCAUCCGAACCAGCCAAGCCCGUCUCGCCUGUAAACACCUAUGUUGAAAUCAAAAUUGACGAUGAUUCAAAGCUCAUUUCGUCAUCAAAAGAGUUGGAUAUUCGGUCACUAGGUUCCAUUACAAACGAUUCACCACAGGAUAAGAUCUUACUGAAAGUUAGGAUUCAAGAAGACCAUCGUUUAAAUUUGGGUUUAAAUGACAAGAUUUAUAGAUUUGAAUAUUUGAGUGACAGCAAAGAAGUCAACAAUAUCUUGGAUUCAAUCACAUCAAAAAUUCAGCAUAAAAUAGUGGAGAUAGAAAGUACUGCUUUGACCUUCCAUUUAGGAUAUUUAGACGAAGAUAAUGAUUUCAUUACAAUUGACUCGACAGACGAUUUGAAAGUUGCCUUGUCUCACAAUAAAAAACGCCAUCUGAAUCUGAUUCUUAGGAUCAAACAAAAAACAAAGGAACUCAAAAAAUAUCUUUCGAGCCCACUUCCAUCAUCAAAUGAUGAUGAUGAUCAGAAUAAUGGUAAAAAGGCUUCAACUUAUUUACUUCUGGGUGGAUUAGGAAUUUUCAUUUUAGUCUUUACAAGAUUCAUAUUCAUUAGUAAAAGAUACCACAGGUUGUAA